CCGCUUGGAGAGCAGAUUAUGAAGCGGCGCUCCAGCAGCGGCAGUCUCCUCUCAUUGUCUCAAUGGCUGCACACGCAUUCUUCCUGUGCUCCAUCGCCUUGCUGUCUGCUCUCAGCCGGCCUGCUCUGACUCUUUCCGAGGAAGAGCAGGGGCCGGGACUCACCUACGAUGAAGUGCCUGAAAUCUUGGACAGAAGCAGAGAGAACCCCAAACAAGCCACAAGAGUCACAUCAAGUCUGGAUGGUGAAUAUGGCUUGGAAAGCAAAGAAGUUGUUUUGACUUCUGAAGAUGAAAACCCACUGAGAAGAAUCCUGCAGCCUUUCAAGUGGCAUCAUGCAGGGAUGUCUCACAGUAAGAGGAAGCUCCUCCAAUCACUGAUGGGACCUUAUGGACCCUUGAGUGUGUCCUACAACGGGAAGACUUGCAUUCUGUUUAAGGCAAAGCGUUUGGCCAUCCGGUACAGGAACCAUACCUUCAUUGAUCUCACUGAGAGAGUGUUCAGUCCAAACUCACCUUUGGACACCAAAGGCUCAGUCUGCACCAAGGAGAAGGCCACGCUUUCAUUAAAGUUUGGUGAUGUGGAAGACUUGCGAGGUCUAGUAAUCAGGCUUCAGAUGUCAAACACCUUCUACGAGGCAGCGGGUCAAAACUGGUUCACCCUGGACAGUGUGCACAUUCACUACAACUGGACUCAGGAGGCCACGUUCAACGCGAGCGAGGUUUACGCUCCCGCCACGUCGUCCUACCACUGCCAGCACGUCAGCAGUCUGCACAAAUAUGACACUCUACUGGUGCCCAGCUCUCACACUGACACGUCCGCCAACUGGCACAUCACUUUCACUGAUUUCCAGAUUCAAGCCUUCAACGUGCAGUCAGAUAAAUUCGCGUCGGCAAGUGACUGCGCCACUUUCCUGACGCCGGCCAUCCUCAUGGGCUUGGUGACGUCUCUGAUACUGCUCCUGGUCUUGGCUUACGCCCUGCACAUGGUGGUUCACCUCAAGCACAUCGACCGCUAUGAGGAGCACAAGGCCACCGUCUACUUUCCCCGUAGUCCAGAGGCUGAAUUGCCGGACAAGAACAGCCUGUGAGGGGGGAGGAAAGGGACAGACAAAGGAAAAGAAAGACUGAGGCAGGGAGCACGUCAUGGAAAAAGUAUCCUCCACAGAGUAUUUCUUCAACAAAAUGCCUGUUCACAUGAAAACCUUGUAAAUCACUUGUAAGUAAAUGCAGGAUACUCUUUCCUCGUUGACCUGUAUCUUGGCAUCCACUGUCCGGAUGCUCAAGCCCCUCCUUGGCCUACAGUUGUUGAUCAAAAUGUCAAAGGUCAAGGACAGUCCUGGGGCCUCUAAGUGGCAACAAGCGGCCUUUACCCCAGCCAGCCAUGCGACCCUUACCAGGCUAUCGGUGGCUAUCACAGCUAACAUCAGAUGCUCUCAAUUAAAUGUAAGUAGUACAUGGGCCAUUCACAAAUGUCAUAUUACAAGCUUCCGUCGCUAACUGUUUUUCCGGCUUUCUCUAACGUAGCCUUUGUCUUAUCGCUGCAACACCUAUAUUCUUUGAAGAGCCAGUUUUAGCACUGGAAUAGCCGUGUUAGCUGCAUGCCAUAAAAAGCUGGUCAGUCUGAGCUAGUGCAGUGUUUCCUGAUCAUCAGAAAUUUUUGCAUGUAGUGCAGUUGAAAUCAAGCAAGCGAGACAAAGCAGAAGGAGCUUGAGAAGCUUCUGAGAACAAAAGAAUGGAAUCCAAGGAAACUCUGGUCUAGCAUCUGGCUGGAGUGAAUGGCCCUUCAGAGCCUUCGAUGUCUCGCACCCCGUCUCUAAACAAGAUUGCUGCUUGGAAUUUAACUGUGAAAUGGCCUUUUACGGACCAGCUCGUGAAAGACGAAGGGGGAGGAGCUCGACAAACUAGCACAACAUUGGUUAGUAGCAAAAGCACUAACGAGAAGACUUUAAUGACUUUACGAGGAACAAUGCUGCAACAAGUUGGUCGCUCGAGGGCGACGCUGGACUGCAUCUCUCCAGUGAAAUGACUAUCUACAUUACUUUAAGUUCUUGGACAAGGGAGGCAUGGAUCCUCCAUCCAUGACACUGGGUGUGAAUGCCAAAGUGAAGCUUAAAGAUAUUGCCAUACAAAAUGGUGAGAUAUAGCAAAAAUAGCUAACUGUUUCAGCUAUGUACAAAACACAUACAUGUACAGAAGUGUCACUCUGCGGAGGUAUUUUUUUUUUCUCGUUUACUUUGUGUCUUUUUUAUAUACAACAUAAUCUUUCAAAACUUACUGGUACAGGGCAACAAAGUUCAUCCUCAUGAACAAAAGGAUACUCAAGUCAAAUGUAUCUAACAUCUGGAUCUCUUUGCAAGCAUAGUUGUUUACUUCAAAUACUGCACAAUUAAGAAGCAUAGUUAUAUUUGUGCAAUGCGAUGAGGAUUGGUGAUUUGAUCAGUUUUUGCCCAAAUGUCUAUUUGUUUUAAGGUGGAGUCUUAUAAAGUCAAGUCCAGUCUAACCCAACUGUAAAUCCAAAUUCUUGCCUUAGAGGGAAAAUACUAUCGAAUGAUGUCCAGCAUUUGGAAUUUAUAGAUGCCAUUAUUAUUCCAGAAGCCACACUCGCAGCAGUAACAGCAUCAGUAAGUCAUUAACAAGGAUAAAAAAAAAAAGUCAGCAUGACAGUAAAUAGAUAUCUUUGCAUUCGAUAUGGCAGUUCUGUCAAUCUGUAGCAGUGUCAAAUGUGUUCUUUGGUCAUAAGUGUAUUCUACAAUCUAUGAAAUGAGUGCGGCUCGUUUGUCCAAGGACCAACUGAUUGAUCAAUAAAUGAUAUUUAGAGGAGAUUGAGUCUUUUUGUGGAUAAAUAUUUCUAAUAUUUAGAUCGCUCAUUUCAGCACACAGCCCUGUCGUACUGAAUGAAUGCAUUUUUUUAUAUUUCAUAUUCCAUUUAGCACAAGACUGUUGAUAUAUGUAUUCAAUUGUCACACACAAAUGUGCUGAAGUCAAGGGCGUAGGUUUGCAUAGGCACGGUAGAGACAUAACACUAUCAACUUUUCAAGAUGCUCAAAUUGUCCCCAACAACUUUUAAGUAACCUUACGAGUUUAGAUAUAUUUGUAAUUUACAUUGUCUUCCCAUAUGUUGUAAGGAUAAAAUUUACCCUACCAUAAUUGAGUUAUUUUUAUUAUGUUCACUUACAUUUACCCCUAUUCACUUGCUGAAUGUGCCAGUCCAUUUUUCCCCUCAAACGCACGCUGGAUUGGCGGAUGACAUACAUUUAUUUAAAAUGUAUUAAUUGAGCCUAUGCAGAUUUUUUUUCAGAUAAUCAUACGUUGUUAAUCAUAAUUGAGGUAAAAAGAUUUCAUUUUUUGAUGAGUUUGGCUCUGCUUGUGGACAAAAGCAGUCAUGUUUUACCAGAAGGAAGGCUCCAUUUUUAUUUAUUUUUGUUAUACUCUGACUAGUAUUUUUUUUUUUGGUUUUACUUAUAUUUAAUUUAUUUUUUCAGACAGAGAAUGUUGAGUGGUCUUAAGACAAAUGUUUAUUUAUUUGAAUUUCUGGAUAGUUAAGAGAUUAUGAACAAGUGUGUGUUUAAUAUAAUUUAUGUUCAAAUAUUGCAAUUUAAAUUUGCUAGUAAAAUCCAAGCAUUUAUUCUGUAAUAUAUCAAAAUGUUUCUUGAGUAAUUGUUGAAAACAAAGGUUUGAAUCAAAUGGUAUAUCGCCUGAACCAAUACACGUUAAAGUUCGUACAAGUCAGUAUCGAUUUAUUUUGCAUUUAUCAUUUAGCCUAUCAAUAAACUAGAUUGGUAUUUGCGAGAAUUGUAGCCCUGACCCCCGUUCACCCAAUCUGUAUGGCCUUAUUAAUGUCCCCUCCCAAGCAAAAAGCGACAUGCAUAUUACCUGUAAUAUCGUCACUCCGGGCCGGCCCAGCCUACACGCAGACUAUGCAGCUGCUUAGGGCCCCUGACCACUAGGGGCCCCCCAAUCUGGCAAUUGUUUAAUUUAUAUUCUAUUUUGUUUACUACAGUUUGCUUUAUUUGACUUUUGUGAGUUUUGAUACUUGAUUACAAGCUUAAAAAAAUAAAAGUUAUUUUUUAACUUUUCUUUCCUCUUUUAGAAAAAGGUUUGGUGCUAUCUACUGUAAGUACUGACAAUCAUUUGGGGUGAGAAGUUUGAAGUAUGCAGUGCAACAAAAUCUGAUUAAUAUACAAAAUAUGGACGUAUGGGUUGGAUAUGCAUAUAUGGGUUUCACAGUACACUGUGACGAAAUAGUGGGCCAAAAAUAUGGGCCCCUUUGGAUUAUUUUGCUUAGGGCCCCCAAAUGGCCUGGGCCGGCCCUGUCGUCACUACCAAUGUUUAGACCAAACCUGCUAUCACGUCAGAGGGGGGAAAAGUUCAGUCACAUACACUUUUUUUUA